CGCUCCAGAUGUCUCCCCGCUUUUUAUCUCGACGAAACGCCAGGUCGGUUUGCACAGAGCGACAUGAUUGACAUAAUAGAAGUAAUCUACUCUGGCCCUCCCAUUUGACUCCCUGUGUCAAUAUUGGAUGAGAGGAAAGUGCCGUGUGACAGGUGUCCAGGACAGAGUUCCGCGCGCUGAAGACGGAGAGCAGAUCAAUGCAUUUACCCGCGCGCACACUAAAUACACCGACACUGCUAUAUAAAGCCGGAGGCCGCAUUAUAACGCUACUGAUGCGCCGAAUGACACGGGGAGAAGACAAGUCAUCAUCAGGAUGGGUGUUUUGUGUGUUUUCUGUACUUGUCUCACGUUGAGCCACUCGCACAAUACCUGCAGAUGAAGAGGUUUUGUUCGUUCGGCUCGCGUUACGCAGAUGCAGACACGCUUCAGUAAAACACCACACCGACUGACAUCUCACUGCUGUCACUCUUCACCGAGGCCUAACCAUUCUACAAAUCAGUAAAAUCAGGAUAACAGGACACCAGCUUUGUGCCCUGCAUCCCUACAGCACCUGUUCUUAUGCAAACAACACCUAACAGAGAGCACGGUGAUCGACAGCAGCCAUGAAUCCGCAGGAGCACUUGGAGCAGAGGGGGACGUUUAGGAUGACCGUGUUCGAGGAGGAAUACUUCCAGGGCAAGAGCUGUGAAUUCAGAUUUGAGUGCCAGAACAUUCUGGAAAGAGACUUCAGAAAGAUUCGCUCCAUUAAGGUGGAGAACGGCCCCUGGGUGGGGUACGAGUAUCCUGAGUUCCAGGGCCAGCAGUUUAUCCUGGAGAAAGGAGACUAUCCCUGUUACCAGGCCUGGAGUGGCAACAGCAGUUACAGAACAGAGCACAUGCUCUCUUUCAGACCUAUUAAAUGUGCUAACCACAGUGACAGUAAGAUUACCCUCUAUGAGUGUGAAGACUUCAUGGGACGUAAAUUUGAGAUGUGUGAGGAUUAUCCCUCCCUUCAAGCCAUGGGUUGGUGCAGCAAGGAAGUUCCCUCAAUCAAAGUCAACACUGGAGCCUGGGUAGGCUAUCAGUUUCCCGGUUACCGUGGAUAUCAGUACAUCUUUGAGAGGGACAGACACGGACAAGGAGAGUACAGAUGCUACAACGAGUACGGCACCCAGGCACACACCAAUCAGAUCCAGUCUAUGCGCAGAAUUCAGCAAUAAGACCCAACGCCACUGUGUACACCAUGUCAUGCCGUGUCAAUACUAUAGGCAAUAAAGACAUUUAAACUAUAGUAAAAGAGUGCUUGUGGCAAUUCCUUGCUUCCUUACAUCUCUGCUCAAUUCGUGGAUCUGCAAAGUGGUAAUUCUUGAUGUAAAACAAGCAGAUCUGAUGCUUUUUUUUUUUUUUUUUAAGUUAUAUGUAAUUAGAGCUGGCCUUCCACAUUUCUAGGUAAAUGUAAUCAUGCAGACAUUUUAAGAAUUAUUUUUUUUUUUCUGAAAUAGUCAGACUAGACUGAUGGAGGAAUAAUCCACUGCAUUAUAUUUAACAAUUAUGAUAUUUUAUGCCAGCUGAACAACACCAAUUCUUGCUUA